UGACCCCGAGGAUACGUGUGUCUUCCCCCGAGCAGCCAUCAUGGUGCGCAUGAACGUCCUGGCUGACGCCCUCAAGAGCAUCAACAAUGCUGAGAAGAGAGGCAAACGCCAGGUGCUCAUCAGGCCGUGCUCCAAAGUCAUCGUCAGGUUCCUCAUUGUGAUGAUGAAGCAUGGCUACAUUGGCGAGUUUGAAAUCAUUGAUGAUCACAGAGCUGGGAAAAUUGUUGUGAACCUCACAGGCAGAUUAAACAAGGUAAGGAUGGUUUAA